AUGGAAGUACGUGGUGAAGGAAUAGCCAGAAAUGGUGGGAUUGUUAGGCCAUCUUCGCUACCCUCCAAGCAGGCCUCAGAGAAGAUGGAAUUCAUGAAGGGAGUGCGUGGUUUCACUCCGCCCCCCUUCUUGACGAAGACCUUUCAAAUGGUGAAGGAUACAGAGACAAACAACAUGAUUUCCUGGAAUUCUGAAGGUACCAGCCUAAUAGUCCUGGACCAUCUCAAAUUUGCUGCAGAGGGAUUCAGGAAGAUUGGACUGAGGCAAUAUGAAUACGAGAAUAAAUGGUUUCAGAGAGGGCAGGAACAUUUGCUAAUGAACAUUAGAAGGCGAAAUGAUGAAGAUCCAACAAUCAGGAAAAGACGAGAACUGAGGGAACAACACGUAACGGCUGCGAGGCCUUCAAUGGAGGCAGAGCUGGAAAUUUUCGAGGAUCACAUGAAUGCACUGAAGGAAGACAUCACAAGAUCAAAAUAUCAUAUGGGGAAACUUGAGAGUAGCAUAGCCACCUUCAAGAAAAAUGUGAAAAGAAUGGAGGCUAAGUCAAAAGCAUUGAUCAAGGUCUUAGCCAGAAUAUUCAGCCCCGCCUUAGUUGAGAAGAUAAUUCAGCGUGUGGAGGAAGAACCAGAACUUGAAAUCCUUCAGACCAUGAAGAGAAGAAGAGUGAUUCUACAACAAAGCUCUAAAACCACAACAAAGUCCACGGAUGAUGGAGCUUGUGGCAUGGACCAAGAUGAUCAGGAGGCAAACACUUCAAUGGCAGAAUCGAAAAAAAGUGCUGAUCAGAAACUAUGGAAGAAGUUCAUGGGAGAUGAUUCAGUUAGCGAGGAUGAGUCGGAGCAACAACUGUUGAAGCAACACUCGAGGACUGAUAUGGGAUUUGAUGAUUUGAUGGUAUCCAAGAUUAUGAAUGCCAAGGAGCCUAAUUUGGACGUGGAGGAUGAAGUUGUUGUUGACCUCUGGACGGUUUCACUUGGUGCAGCAUCAAGAAGAGGAGAUAGAGCAGCUGCUAGAAGAGUUGAUGCAGCAUAA